UUGAUUGAAUGAAAAAACUAAUGAUGUCCCUUUCUUCAUGAACUACCAGCACCAAAUGAUAAUAAACAAUAAUAAUCAGUUGCUGAGAUGAGAUAUUUAGGGUAGCACCACUAAAAAGGGUCUAAAUUGCCACUGGUAAUAACAUAAUAACAAUGUAACUGUAGCAACUGUUGACUACAAGUUUUCAGUCAAAGUAAGGAAAUGUAGGCUGUUACAUAUACUUAAAUAAAUAAAAAUACCAAUACUACUAACUGUUUGGGUGUCAUGCAGGAUUUGGUCACAAAUGUCAUCUUGUACGUAGCAUACUCCUCCAGUCGAAACCAUGCGGGCGCGAGCUGUCACCUCAGCCACACACACACAAGCUGAGAGGUGCUGGGCGGACUUCAAGAGAAACGGACAGCGAUGUGAAAACGGAAGGUUUUAAUGUGAUAUUUUUAAGCCCGUCCAAUGUUAGUCGUGGUGACGAUAAGCGAAAGCUAUGGCGCGAUAAUAGCAUGAGAAUCUGAAUCUGUGCGGUGCUCCAGGUGUGAAAGCAUGCCCACCAGAGCUGAAAUGUGUCACCUGACCUGGGUACGGUUCUUACCCGUUCUCCUCAUGUUGGGGGUUCAUUUUGGAGUCUGUUUAGGCAAGAAGCCGUGCGUGGCCUUCUCCAGCGCCCCCACCACGCUGCCUCUGGGGUCCAGCUUCCAGGUGUUCUGCACUUUUACUCCACACUGCAGCCACAUGAUAAUGCAGGGCCAGGCCCCAACACGGCACAACGCCACCACCCUGGUCCUGGACGUGACGGGGAUCCAGAGCAACAGCACCUACAGCUGCCGCUGUGAGCACAAGCCGGAGCCCUGCGGCCUGGACGUGAUCACCGGCUACCCACCAGCCGUUCCUGAGGCUCUGAGCUGCUUCCAGGACGGGCCCGGAGGACAGGUGCGGUGUUCCUGGAGGAGUGGAAGAGAAACGCACUUCCACACAAGCUGGACGCUGUGGGUGAGACGUGGAUCUGGUGUCCCCGUAGAGUCCUACCGAGGCAAUGAGUCUGGCUCUGCCUGGGGCCCUGAGCCUGGCCCGGACAGCUCCGUGUUCUCAGUGUGGGUCAACGCCUCCAACAAGCUGGGGUCCAACCUGUCCACAACCCUCAACUUCACCCUGAGGGACAUCGUGAGGCCCCUCCCCCCUGUCCUUGGCGCUGCAGACUGCUCCUCCAGAAGCUGUGUGUUGAUGCUGGACGGCUCGUGGGCAGAGAUGCAGGCUCAGUACCGAACACCAGGCCGGCACUGGCCCCCCUCCCCCCUCUCUGGAAGGGUUCCCCAGGGAGAGGGUUGUACUACCCCUCCACAGCCCCGCCCCUCUCUACAGCCCCGCCCCUCUCUGCAGCCCCGCCCCUCUCUGCAGCCCCGCCCCUCUCUGCAGCCCCACCCCUCUCUGCAGCCCCGCCCCUCUCUGCAGCCCCACCCUUCUCUGCAGGCCUACAUGUUGUGUGACCUGCAGCCCUACCAACGUUAUGACUUCCGGGUCAGAGCCAGGUUUAGGACUGGCUGCUGGAGUAACUGGAGCGAUCCGAUCUCCAACAUCACAGAUGAGGACGUUCCUGUCAAAGCUGUGGAUGCGUGGUACACACUGAACGACCAGUUCCUCCAUAUACACUGGAUGAGGCUGAGUGACCAGGAAGCCAGGGGGAGGGUCCUGUUCUAUGAGGUCGUAGUUCACGACCAGAAGUUUUCUACCAACGCCUCCACCAAUCAUCUGUCAGUCCAGCGGAACUGCUUCCUGUCUGCCUGUGAGGUCACGGUCGCGGCUGGGAACUCCAGGGGGCGUUCCCCACCUGCUUCCCUCUCCGUCAGAGCUGCUGCAGCCCCGCCCCCUCAGGAUGUGACGUGGCGGGUGGUGAAUAACUCCAGCAUCGCCCUCUCCUGGCGGAGUCCUGGCGGUGCAGGGGAGGUGCAGGGUUACCUGGUGGAGUGGUACCCUGCAGGCAGGAGGACCACAGAUCUCAGCUGGGUCAGACUGGACCCUGAACACAACCACACCACACUCACAGACCUCCGUCCGUACGAGUGCUACUCGGGAGCGGUGCUCGUGGAGUACGUGGGGUCGCCGGGCAAGACGGGGUCGCUGGGCAGAGCGGGAUUUGAAGCUGUCCACACCUGGGAGAAAGUGCCGACAGCUGGCCCCAGAUUCAGAGAGCGUAUGGAGGGCGGCAAGGUGACCCUGAGCUUCUUGGGGAUGCCUGAUGGGCACAGUCAGGGGUGUAUCCUCCACUACAACGCCUGCAUGUCUCCAUCCAGAGAGAAACACAAGAUUGUCUGCAGUGUUAUCCCUGCGUGGAAGCAGCAGCACAGCCUGGGCCUGCCCCCUGGACACACACUCUGGCUGACCGCCAGCACGGCCGCGGGGGAGGGGCCUCGGAGCAAGCCAAUCAUCAACAACAGGCAGCACGAGGACCAGAACCCAUCUCCAGGGACCAUCGUGCUGCUGGUCUGUCUCCUCACUGCGGUCGUCAUGGUGAUGAUGUGUCUGUGGCACUGCUCAGCUGUACAGCAGAGGGUCUAUCUACUCUUCAACUGCCUCAUGUUAGAUAUCGUCCCGGAUCCUGCUAACAGCAAAUGGGCAAAGGAGUGUGCCACAAAGAAGGGGGAGCUGUUUGUGCAGGUGCCCCUGAGAGACUCCAACCUGAGCCAGGAGCCAGCCAGCGUCGAGGUUCAGGAGCUGCCGGAGGACUGGGGAGGAGGGAGCGCUGACCCCGGCACCAUCACCUCCGCCCCUCCAGAGGGCACCACCCCCAAGCCCACACCCUGGCCGGCCUACCACCAGACCUCCUACCUCAAGAGCGUCUCCCAGCAGUCGGACGACUCAGACCAGACGCAGGCGUCUCAAGACACGGCCGUGGUGUACGUCUCCGGCCUCGGGAAUGAAGAGGAGGAAGAGGAGGAGGAAGAGGAGCAGUUCUUCCCCUCCGCGCUCAGCUCCUUCAUGGGGAUCCCGCUGGGCGGGAAACUGACCCUAGACGCAGUAAGGAUCGACUGCAGCGAGUUCCUGGAGUGACGAGCUCUCUCACACAGCAUUCAUGUAGCAGGUACUUUUACCCAGACGUACGCAGAGGGGAUUCGAACCUGCAACCCUUAUCGUACUGUAGACUAAAUGCUUUAACUGCUGAGCUACACCCGAAUCCUCUGCUGACAUUACCUCAAGACACACAUACCUCCCGGCGCGGACAAGAGGCACCCAUGAAGACCACGGCAAAGAAGGACUACCAUGCACAAAUGAAUCGACCGUCUUUAUUUACCGAGAGAGGUCUAGAAUAGCAGGACUGGAAUUCACACACCUGUAGAACCUGUGACUGCUCCACACAUUGGAUCAG